UAACUCUAACUGUUAAAGUCCAAGCGAGAAGAGGAUGAAAAAAUCAAGAAAAGCUGAAUCCAGUCUGCGCAUUAUACUGUUAAAGUGUUAAUUGGUUUAAGGAAAAAAAUUAAUCACAAUUUCUCAAAAAUCAAAGUGACUAUAUCCUGACACAAAAAACUACUUAUAAAAUUAGGAUCGUGGCCCUUGAUUUCAAUCUUCAUCUAUCACACAUCAAAAAUUAGGUUUUCCUUUCUUCACUAUGGAGUUGUCACAGUCGGCUACACGUGAGGGAAGGGAGGGGAGGGGAAAAUAAGAGGUUUUGAUAAGAGGUGUUGAUGGUAGUUUCGAUUUAGGGUAGGUUCGAUUUUGAUGGAGUUGUCACAGUCGGCUACACAACAGAGGAUGGACAAAGCAAGGAGAAGGAGAAGAGUUGAUGAUGGUAGGUACGAAAUUUCCGUCAUCAACGAUUCUGUUUGGUCACAAUCAGAUUCAAGGGGAGAAGAGAAGAUGGUGGAACGAAAAGGACCAAUUUUCUCUUGUGAGGGGUUAGGUGAGGCAGCUCAGAUCACAUGAUAGAGCAUUAUAGUCCCCGAUUUUGGAAGGAAGAAUGAAGAAGGUUGCUUGAGAAGGACUGUUGUCAGAUGAGGAUCAGUAGCAGCAAAGAAGCACGUGGAGUCAGAUGAGUAUACGUAAAGGCCGAGAAGCAUGGAAGAUCAAGGUUCGCAUUGAAAAUUUUCUUUUGAUGCAUUGGCAGGGGCAAAGUGAAGUUUGCUGUCUUUGGGAACUAUGUUGAUAUGGUGAAGCAGUUUAUUGCUACUGAUGGAGUUGGGUUACCUGUUGUUGUUGUGCAGUUUGCGAAGAUUAAGUCUUUCAGGGGUGAUGUUGUUGUCCAAAAUGUUAUGAAUGCUACGAAGAUCUUGUGGAAUGCUGAUAUACCUGAAGUGGCUUUGUUUCGGAAUGGGUUGGCUGAACAUGGUAUUGAUGUUGAUAUUCCCCUCGGUGAGCUUGAUGAUGGUUUUCAUCAUGUCCCCAUUGAUGAGGAGUUCCUAACAAUGUUUCCUAGGAAGACUAUAUCUGAGUUACAUUCAACUGAAGAGCAGGAGGGUAUAUUCAUAGUAUGGGCUAAAAUCGAAGGUAUACUUGAUGGGGAGAAAUGGUGGUAUACAUCUUGCCGCUGCCACAAAUCUGUAAGCAUUCAAGAUGGCAUGUAUUACUGUUCUGGUUGUGCAACAUUUGUUCUUGAAGUGAUACCAAGGUUCAAGAUCAAGUUGGAUGUUUCUGAUGGUGAAGAAAAUGCCACCUUUUUGUUGUUUGACUCUGAUGCUGAACACAUUCUUCAAAAAUCCUGCAAGGAUUUGGUUGCCAGUUCUAAGGGUAAAAGUGUCAAUGAAUACCCGGCUGCUGUGAAGGAGAUUGUUGGGAAUGAUUUUCUAUUCAAAGUUGAGAGGUCAUCUGACCAGGGAGUGAAUUUUGAUGAUUCAUUUAAAGUGAAGAAGAUUUGUGAUGUCACUACUGUUUUUGAAAUGUUCAAGGACAAAACAAAAGUGCUGACUCCUAAGAAGGUUUAUUUCCAGUCUAUCACAAAGGUGUUUGUAUCCGAACAUGCUUCUGGAUCUAAAGAUGUGGAUUUGAGGGACAAUGUAGAAGAGUGUUCUGGGGAUAUGUCAGAUAUUCGUGGGAGCAUAGUGUCGCUGGAUGACAUCUCUUCUGGUGAAGGUUCUUCUGUGGUUUCUUCUGUUAAGAAUGUUCGUAGUGGUGAUGCAAUUACAUCCAAGCCUGCAAAGAGGAUGAGGAUAAGAAAAGUCAAGUUAGAUUUGUAGUUUAUUUAUGCUGCAGGGAGGAUAAUUUGCAGUGUAGAAUCUGCAAGGUUAUGAUAUUUUGUGUUCACAGCCCAGCUAUGUUAUGCAAACUACUUAUUGGGUUGUUUUAGGUUAAUGUCAUGUUGACAAUGUUUUCUGUUUUGGGCAUCAUAUCAUGAUGAUAAUGAUGGUUUUAUUUGUAGUACUUUAGUUUAAGUGAGUAGAUUUGUGGGCUGUAUCUGUUUGAGAAUGUAUGUUUGGCAUGUUGUUCAUUUGACUUCUUGUGAAAUCUACUCCUUAUAGUCUUGGGUAAUA